AUGGGCGAUCCGGACAAGGAAUGGGAUUUUUAUCUUCGGACCUUAUCCAGCAGUGCUAGAGACUCCAAUUUGGCCAGCGACCCCGCUUCCGAUCCGUCCCUCCUUAAUUCUGUGAGGAAGCUGUGCCAGUUGUGUAAAGCAGAGAAUUCGGAGGAUUUGGUGGCUAGGGUUUAUCCGCACUUUAACAAACUCUUUCAGCGCUCUGUGGCUUCGCUCCCUCAAUCUAAGUCCUCUUAUGGACUUCUCUUGCUGGAUAUUAUUCAGUUUUUCCUCGACUUUGGAGAGAUUGUUCUACAUGAUGCUGAUCCCAGUCUAAGGUCAUUUUUUCGCUCGUGCUUGAGUCGUGAAUUUGCAGAUCUAUCUGUGGCAGAGGCAACCCUUCAUUUUCUGAAUGUCAACAAGAAAAGGCUUCUGGCUUCUUUUCCUGCCUUACUACCUCAAUUUUUUCCUCUGUUACUUAAGCUGAUAGCCUGGAAUGGAGAAAAGUUACUGAAUUCAUUCUUAAAGGUCUUUCCUGAACUGAUAUCGCCUGCUUCAUUUCUUCCUCUAUUUCCGUCCUUAGUGGAUCUGCCAAUGUUGGUAGUGGCAUUGGAAAGGGUGGAGCGAAGUUCGGGUUCCCUUAUUGGGAGUAGUAUUGCCUCAAUCCAGAACACGACGGCUCCUGAGAUGUUACUGGCUCUGAUGGAUGAAGCUUAUACUGGUUCCACUAUAGGAGAUGGUGGGGCUGGCAGUGAAUCAGAGGACAUCAAUGCGAUUGAUUCUGCUGAUCCUUUGUUUCUAGAACUUCUGAAGGAUGAGAAUGACGGAUUAGCUGAGCGUCAUAGAACAUCUCCCAGUAUGGCUGCAGCAUUGCAGGCUGCAGUUAAUGUUCCUCAAACGGAUAGGCUGAAGCAAUCGCUCAAAAUAGGGCCUGCCCUUCUUGACAUGUACUGUGCUUUAGCAAUACGCAAUGUCAAUGAUUCUCUGAUCUGUGCCCUUAUCCCAUUGAUUAUGGCAAGAAAUGAUGUACUAUUUCCUGACAAAAAUUACUCCUACCAGGUUCACAAAAGGCUUUUGGAGUUUAUGCUUGCAUCAUUUCAGCGUUCUCCAAAUGUUAUAGCUCUUCUGAAGAAACCUAUUAUGGACAGGCUUGGAGAAGCAUAUGACAGUUCUGCAAAGACAGAACUAGCAUUACAGUUGUGUUGGGCGAUCGGUGAACAUGGCGGCGGCGGUGCAUCUCACAAAGAUGCUGCACGCGAGCUUUUUGAGAAUCUGGAGCUACUUCUCUAUGAAAACCUAUCAUCUAGCCGGCUUGGCCUAAGGGAAUCCGCACUUGGAUCUGACAGCGAAAACUUGAGAAAGUCAUCACAAUCCAGGCUUCUGUGUUUCGUUGUAACAGCUAUCGCAAAGCUGGCCACACAUCACCAUGAAUUGUUACCAAGAGCUCGUGUGUCCUUAGGCAAGGUAGCUAGAUCUCGCAUCUCAGAUGUGAGGGUUUGGAGGCGUGCUCGAGAUUACCUAGGUUUGAUCGAUGAUCCUGCAAUAUCCUUGUCCGUCUUGGGGCCUUCACAAGGGCACAUGCAAAAGCCAGGAACUGUGAACUGGAGGGAUGGUGGCACCAAAAUGAUCGCACAUAUCCCCUUCUACCUCCUCGGCGAACAGGAAGGUUCCCCCUUCCACGACUUCUCAUUCUCUGAUAUAUUCCCGAGAACAUGA